AUGCGGUACCUUGAGGAUCACCAGCUGAUUAGUGACCGCCAAUACGGUUUUCGUCGGGGUCGAUCAGCUGGUGAUCUUCUGGUCUACCUGACCCAUAGAUGGGCGGAGGCAGUGGAGUCCAAGGCUUUCGAUCGGGUUUGGCACAAAGCGCUUCUUUCGAAGCUCCCUUCCUAUGGGCUUCCCGAGAAAUUGUGCAAUUGGAUCACCAGCUUUCUUGCUGAUCGGAGCAGCAAGGUCGUUGUAGACGGUGCAUGCUCCGACUACAAGCCUAUUAAUGCUGGUGUUCUACAAGGCUGCGUGCUAUCACCAUCGCUGUUUCUUCUGCAUAUCAAUUAUAUGUUGCAAACCGGUAGCAUUCAUUGCUAUGCGGAUGACAGCACUGGUGGUGCUCUAUACACCGGCCGUGCCAAUAUUUCUCGGGAAAACGUCGCCGAGUACCGGAACAAACUUGUGUCUGAAGUCGAGUCUUUGCUGAACAAUGUCUCGGAUUGGGGCGACUAA